AUGAGGCCCGAAAUCGAGCAGGAGCUCGCGCACACGCUGCUCGUCGAGCUGCUUGCCUACCAGUUCGCAUCUCCCGUCAGAUGGAUCGAAACCCAAGAUGUCUUCCUCGCUGAGAAGCUUGCUGAGCGCAUUGUCGAAAUCGGUCCCGCCGAGACCCUUGGUGUCAUGGCCAAGCGGACACUCGCCUCCAAAUACGAAGCCUACGAUGCCGCAAAGUCGGUGCAACGACAGAUUCUAUGCUACAACAAGGAUGCCAAGGAGAUCUACUACGACGUAGAUCCCGUCGAGGAGGAGCCAGAGCCUGCAGCAGAGAGCUCGUCCAGUGGUUCUGCCCCGGCCGCCGCGGCUCCCGCUGCCGCUGCUGCUCCGGUAGCUGCUGCACCCGCACCCAGCGCGGGACCUGCCGCGCAGGUGCCUGAUGCGCCCGUGCAGGCCGUUGAGAUUGUCCGGGCCCUGAUCGCCCAGAAGCUCAAGAAGCCAUACCUGGAGAUUCCACUCAGCAAAGCCGUGAAGGACUUGGUUGGUGGUAAAUCGACGCUUCAAAACGAGAUCCUCGGCGACUUGGGCAAGGAGUUCGGCUCUACCCCUGAGAAGCCCGAGGAUACCCCUCUCGACGAGCUCGGUGCGGCGAUGCAACAGACCUUCGACGGAAACCUCGGCAAGCAGUCACAAGCUCUGAUUGCUCGUUUGAUCUCGUCAAAAAUGCCUGGCGGUUUCAACAUUACAGCUGCGCGCAAAUACUUGGAGACGAGGUGGGGUUUGGGCUCUGGCCGUCAAGAUGGCGCCCUGCUGCUCGCCAUCACCAUGGAGCCGGCCUCGCGUCUCGGCUCCGAGGCUGACGCAAAGGCUUUCUUGGACGAUGUCACACAGAAGUACGCUGCUAACGCCGGCGUCACUCUCUCGACUGCUGCCGCUGCCGGCCCUGCCACUGGCGGAGGCGGCGGCAUGAUGAUGGACCCCGCUGCCAUUGAUGCCCUCACCAAGGACCAGCGGGCGCUCUUCAAGCAGCAGCUCGAGCUUUUGGCACGCUACCUCAAGAUCGACCUUCGCUCUGGGGACAAGGCUUUCCAGGCCUCGCAGGAGUCUUCGAAGAUCCUGCAGUCUCAGCUCGACCUCUGGGCAGCCGAGCACGGCGAUUUCUACGCCGCUGGUAUCGAACCCGUCUUCAGCCCUCUCAAGGCCAGGGUGUACGACUCAUCCUGGAACUGGGCCAGACAAGACGCUCUUAGCAUGUACUAUGAUGUCAUCUUCGGCAGGCUCAAGGCCGUCGACAGAGAGAUUGUCAGCCAGUGUAUUCGCAUUAUGAACCGCUCCAACCCUACUCUCUUGGAGUUCAUGCAGUACAACAUCGACAACUGCCCAACUGAGCGUGGCGAGACGUACAAGCUUGCCAAGGAGCUUGGUAUCCAGCUCAUCGAGAACUGCAAGGAUGUGCUGAACGUCGCUCCUGUAUUCAAGGAUGUUGCAGUCCCUACUGGACCUCACACGACCAUCGACGCUCGGGGCAACCUCAGCUACGAGGAGAUUCCCCGCCCUAGCUGCCGCAAGCUGGAGCACUACGUGCAGCAGAUGGCCGAGGGCGGCAAGAUUUCCGAGUACGGAAACCGCACCAAGGUGCAGAGCGACCUGUCUCGUAUCUAUAAGCUCAUCAAGCAGCAACACAAGCUCUCAAAGACGUCGCAGCUCGAGAUCAAGUCGCUAUACGCUGACGUUCUUCGUUCGCUCGCCAUGAACGAGAACCAGAUCAUCCCCAAGGAGAACGGGAAGGCUAAUGGCCUUGCCAAGCGAAGCGGCCUGAAGGCCAACGGAAAUGGUGCCAAGGGCAAGGUCGAGACCAUUCCCUUCCUUCACAUCCGUAGCCAAUCCUUGCACGGCUGGGACUACAACAAGAAGUCGACCGGUGUCUACCUUGACUGCUUGGAGCAGGCCGCUCGAUCUGGUGUCAGCUACCAGGGCAAAUACGUCCUCAUGACUGGAGCUGGUGCCGGUUCCAUCGGUGCCGAAGUUCUUCAGGGCCUCAUCAGUGGUGGCGCACAUGUUAUCGUCACCACCAGCAGAUACUCGCGCGAGGUCACUGAAUACUAUCAGGCCAUGUACGCUAGGUACGGUGCUCGUGGCUCGCAACUCAUCGUGGUUCCCUUCAAUCAGGGCAGCAAACAAGAUGUCGAGGCCCUGGUCAACUACAUUUACGACACCAAGACCGGUCUUGGCUGGGAUCUUGACUACAUCGUACCCUUCGCUGCUAUCUCGGAGACUGGUCGCCAGAUUGACGGCAUUGACUCCAAGUCUGAGCUGGCUCACAGGAUUAUGUUGACCAACCUGCUUCGUCUGCUCGGGUCUGUCAAGACUCAGAAGGCCGAGCGCGGGUUUGAGACUCGCCCGGCCCAAGUUAUCCUCCCUCUGUCGCCCAACCACGGUACUUUCGGCAGUGACGGUCUCUACUCCGAGUCCAAGCUCGGCCUGGAGACUCUCUUCAACAGGUGGCACGCUGAGGACUGGUCUGAUUACCUGACCAUUUGCGGUGCUGUCAUCGGCUGGACCCGUGGCACUGGCUUGAUGUCGGGCAACAAUAUUGUUGCUGAGGGCGUCGAGCGUUUUGGUGUUCGCACGUUCUCCCAGCAGGAGAUGGCCUUCAACUUGCUGGGUCUGAUGUCUCCUGCCAUUGUUGAUCUUUGCCAGACGCAGCCGGUUAUGGCUGACCUGAACGGUGGUCUUCAGUUCAUUCCCAACCUCAACGACGUCAUGACCAAGCUCCGCAAGGACAUCAUGCAGACAAGCGAGGUCCGCAAGGCUGUCAGCAAGGAGACAGCUAUUGAGAACAAGAUUGUCAACGGCGCCAGCUCCGAGACUCUCUACAAGAAGAAACUUGUUGAGCCCCGCGCCAACAUCAAGUUCGACUUCCCCAACCUUCCUGACUGGAAGAACGAUAUCGCGCCUCUCAAUGACAAUCUCAAGGGCAUGGUUGAUCUCGAGAAGGUGGUUGUUGUCACUGGUUUCGCCGAGGUCGGACCUUGGGGUAACUCGCGCACUCGCUGGGAGAUGGAGGCUUAUGGCGAGUUCUCUCUCGAGGGCUGCGUCGAGAUGGCUUGGAUUAUGGGCCUGAUCAAGAACCACAACGCUCCCAUCAAGGGCAAGCCUUACUCCGGCUGGGUGGAUGCCAAGACUGGUGAGCCCGUCGAUGACAAGGACAUCAAGCUUAAGUACGAGAAGUACAUCCUGGAGCACUCUGGCAUCCGACUCAUUGAGCCUGAGCUCUUCGAUGGCUAUGACCCGAACAACAAGCAACUGCUUCACGAGGUUGUCAUCGAGGAGGAUCUCGAUCCCUUCGAGGCCUCCAAGGAGACCGCAGAGGAGUUCAAGCGUGAGCACAAGGACAAGGUUGAGAUCUUUGAGAUUCCAGAGAGCGGGGAGUACACUGUGCGCAUGAAGAAGGGUGCUGCUCUUUGGAUCCCCAAGGCGCUGCGCUUCGACCGACUCGUUGCUGGUCAGAUCCCCACUGGCUGGGACGCGAAGCGCUACGGCAUUCCGGACGACAUUAUCUCCCAGGUCGAUCCCGUGGCUCUCUUCGUUCUGGUCUCAACGGUGGAGGCCCUUCUGUCGGCUGGUAUCACCGAUCCUUACGAGUUCUACCAGUAUGUCCACGUUUCCGAGGUCGGCAACUGUGUCGGCUCUGGUAUGGGUGGUGCGGCAGCUCUUCGUGGCAUGCACCGCGACCGCUUCCUGGACAAGCCUCUGCAGAACGACAUUCUUCAAGAGUCCUUCAUCAACACCAUGUCCGCGUGGGUUAACAUGCUCCUGCUCUCAUCUUCUGGACCUAUCAAGACGCCAGUCGGUGCUUGCGCCACUGCUGUCGAGUCAGUUGACAUUGGUUACGAGACCAUCAUGGAGGGCAAGGCUCGUGUCUGCUUCGUCGGUGGUUUCGAUGACUUUGGCGAGGAGGGUUCGUACGAGUUCGCCAACAUGAAGGCCACUAGCAAUGCUAUUGACGAGUUUGCUCACGGCCGUACGCCCAAGGAGAUGUCUCGCCCUACUACCACCACCAGAAACGGCUUUAUGGAGUCGCAGGGAUGUGGUGUUCAGGUUAUCAUGAACGCGAAGCUUGCGCUUGACAUGGGUGUUCCCAUCUACGGUAUCUUGGCUCUGACCACGACCGCCUCUGACAAGAUCGGCCGCUCAGUUCCUGCUCCUGGCCAGGGUGUUCUCACCACUGCUCGUGAGAAUGCUGGCAAGUUCCCUUCGCCGCUGCUUGACAUCAAGUACCGUCGUCGCCAGAUUGAGCUGCGCAAGAGGCAAAUCAGCCAGUGGAAGGAGUCCGAGUUGGAGUACCUGUCUGAUGAGGUCCAGGCCAUGAAGGCUCAGGCCCCCGAGGGCUUCGAUGAGAAGUCCUACGCUGCGGACCGCGCUCACCACAUCGAGAAGGAGGCUGCUCGGCAAGAGAAGGAGAUGCUCCGUGCUCUGGGCAACAACUUCUGGAAGGGUGACAACAGCAUCGCACCUCUCCGUGGUGCUCUGGCUACCUGGGGUCUUACCAUCGACGACCUGGGAGUUGCUUCCUUCCACGGUACCUCGACCAAGGCCAACGAUAAGAAUGAGUCUUCCGUCAUCUGCCAGCAAAUGGCCCAUCUUGGCCGCAAGAAGGGCAAUGCAGUCCUCGGUAUCUUCCAGAAGUACCUCACUGGUCACCCCAAGGGUGCUGCUGGUGCCUGGAUGAUGAACGGCUGUCUGCAGGUCCUCAACACCGGCCUGGUCCCCGGCAACCGUAAUGCCGACAAUGUCGACGAGGUCAUGGAGAAGUUUGACUACAUUGUCUACCCCAGCCGCAGCCUGCAGACGGAUGGCAUCAAGGCCUUCUCCGUCACCUCGUUCGGUUUCGGUCAGAAGGGUGCUCAGGCCAUUGGUGUCCACCCCAAGUAUCUCUUUGCUACUCUCGAUGAGCAGACGUACCAGGCAUACUGCGCCAAGGUCAGUGCCCGACAGAAGAAGGCCUACCGCUACUUCCACAACGGCAUGAUCAACAACACCAUCUUUGUUGCCAAGGCCAACGCGCCCUACACGGACGAGCAGCUCAGCUCGGUGCUCCUGAACCCCGAUGCUCGUGUCUCCCAAGACAAGAAGUCGGAGCAGCUCACCUUCCCCGGUAACUUCAUGAAGCUCUCGCAGAAGACCAUCCCUGCCGCCGAGCAGAAGUCGACCAUUGAGAAGCUUCACGAGAUGGCUGCCCGCCUCGAGACCAAGAACAACAAGGUCGGCAUCGACAUUGAGGAUGUCACUGCCAUCAACAUUGAGAACGAGACCUUUGUUGAGCGCAACUUCACCAAGCGCGAGGUUGAGUACUGCAGCAAGUCUGCCAACCCUCAAGCUGCAUUCGCUGGACGGUGGUCCGCCAAGGAAGCCGUCUUCAAGUCCCUUGGAGUUGCCAGCAAGGGCGCUGGCCAGCCCCUGAAGGACAUUGAGAUUCUAAGGAACGAGAACGGUGCUCCCAUUGUUUCGCUCCACGGCGAUGCUGCUGCCGCUGCCAAGAAGGCUGAUGUGAAGGAGGUGAACGUUUCCAUCUCUCACUCUGACAGCCAGGCCAUUGCCAUUGCUGUCGCUACUUUUUGA